AUGGUGCUCACAAAAGACGAAAAGGCUCUUCACGACCAAUUGAAUCUCCUACCUCGACGCCAAUUAGCCACCGCCCUCGCUACCCUCUCUGCGGCUUUACUACUCGUCGUAAUUGAUCAAAAUGGCAUAUCGGUAAUCAUCCCCACAAUCGCCAAAGACCUGGACGCCGGAGCUACCAUCUCUUGGGCUGGCACUUCCAGCUUGAUCGCCAAUACUUGUUUUCAGAUGCUCUACGGUAGACUCUCUGAUGUCUUUGGUCGCAAGGUUAUUUUUGUGUCUGCCGCCUUACUGCUCUGUGUCGCAGAUUUGCUCUGCUCUUUGAGUCAGAAUGCGAUCAUGUUUUACGUCUCUCGGGCCAUCGCCGGUAUCGGCGGUGGUGGUGUUCAAAACCUUGUCAACAUCAUCAUCUCGGACAUCGUCACUCUUGAGCAGAGAGGAAAGAUUCAAGGGGUAGUUGGGGGCACUGUUGGAUUGGGUAAUGUGAUCGGACCCUUCAUUGCCGCCGGUAUCAUGCAAAGGUCAUCAUGGAGAGCGUUCUUCUGGCUUUUGACCCCGUUGUCGUUCAUCACCGCGGUUUUGUCCUACCUCUUUCUCCCGUCCAAGCCCGCGACAAUUGGCUUUCGGGAAGGGAUUUCCAAGAUAGACUGGAUAGGUUCACUAGUCUCAGGUACUGGUAUCGUAUUGCUUCUGAUCCCUAUCUCCGGAGGAGGCUCAUACUUCUCAUGGGACUCGCCACUCUCUAUAAGCUUCCUUGCUGUGGGCGGUGCGCUGUUCAUGGCAUUUAUAGGAUGGGAAUGGAAGAUGGCAAAGCUUCCAAUGAUGCCCAUUGACAUCUAUAAGAACUCAAGCCUCGCCAUAAUGCUUGCCCAGAACUGUCUGCUCGGUGCUGUUUACCAGUCCUACCUCUAUUACGUCCCGCUUUAUCUCCAAAACCCUCACCAGUACAGUGCGAUCAAAUCAGCAGCGGUGUACACCCCGUUGGUAGCGACACAGAUGAUUGCUUCUGUGGGUUCGGGGCAAUACAUCAGCCGUCGCCUCCGGUAUGGCGAGGUGCUCAUAUUCGGUUUCGCUGUUUGGACUCUAGGAGCGGGCCUGGCUCUACUACUCACGAGACACAGUAGUAUUGCCGUUAUUGCUGUUAUACUGGGUGUUGUCGGAAUGGGGGUCGGGUGCAUCUUCCAGCCUACCUUGAUCGCACUACAGGCUCAUUCCCCCAAGAGCCGCCGUGCAGUCAUUAUUUCCAACAGGAACUUUUAUCGUUGUAUUGGAGGCGCAUGCGGUCUUGCUGUCUCCGCUGCAGUCCUUCAAGCUCAACUACGCGCUACUCUGCCAGCUGAGUACAAGGACCUUGCCAGCUCAACAUAUGUACUUCCGGAGUCGAUGCGCCAGGUUCCUGCGGUCUUGGAUGCCUACAUGUCUGCAAGCCACAGUGUGUUCAUAUUGCAAGUUCCUUUAAUUGGCCUAUGCUUGCUUGGCACGGCUUUUAUCCGAGAUCGAGGGCUAGAGCCGGUGAAGGAUACGUAG